ACUCUGCACUUUGUACAAUUUACACAAUGAACUCUGCACAUUGACAAUCGCUGCUAGCGCGCGUGCGAGACUAUACUUCGAUUAUUGUUGCUCUAUUUCGCAACACUCGUCAUUUUUUGUUUUCGAUUUUACGCGGCGAAAAAAAAAAACGAACGGUUUACCAACUUGCAGCAAACGGAACUGCAGACAAUUAAUCGAUGAAACUUGCAUGAGUUGAAGAUUGCGAUGUUUUAUUUGUAACUUCCUCUUUGUUUUUACAAUGCACCUGAUGUUUUGAUUAAGGCAAUCGUCUUGUGCUUAUGAGAUGCUCGAUUGUAUUAUUUAAACGUCUUCGUUGAAUUUUAUCAGAGCACGAUGCAAGACAAUUUUCAAGCCUAGCUAGAAUAUAUCUGCUACACCUACGCCAAAAUAAUCACGUGUAGUUGACAAACGAAGGAGUGGGGUUGACGAAGAAGUAACCUUUAAAAACUAGUGAUACUUUUUCAAUUACGUUCGUUGUGUCAAUCAAUUUUUUCAUUUACUAAUAAUAACAACAAAAUUCAUUGCAAUAAUGAAUUUGAGCAAACAGUUUCGGUUUUCUUUGUUUAGAGAUUAUAAUGUGCUAAAAAAACAGAGUUUUAAAACUAGCUGCUAUCACCGCACCAAUGCCAAAAUAAACGAAGACAAUGAUAAAACCACGCAUUUUGGAUUUAAAACUGUAAAAGAAUCGGAAAAAGUUAAAGAAGUAUAUUCAGUAUUUGAAAAUGUAGCUGAUUCUUAUGAUCAGAUGAAUGAUGCUAUGAGUUUUGGCAUUCAUAGAAUAUGGAAAGAUCAAUUUAUUCAAAAACUCAAUCCGCAACAUGGGUGCAAACUGCUUGAUUGUGCUGGUGGUACAGGAGAUAUAACGUUCAGAUAUCUUCAACACUUACAGAAUAAACCUAAUCCAAAAGCUGUCAAAAGUCAUGUCACUGUGUUUGAUAUUAAUGCAAAUAUGUUGGAUGUUGGACAAGCCAGAGCAAGUAGACUAGGCUAUACCGUUGAAAAUGGUCACGACAUAAAAUGGGUGCAAGGUGAUGCCGAAAAAUUACCAUUUGAAGAUAAUACUUUUACUGCUUAUACUAUUGCAUUCGGAAUUAGAAAUGUUACAAGGAUAGAUAAAGCACUCUCUGAAGCCCAUAGAGUAUUGAAGCCUGGUGGAAGAUUUUUAUGUUUAGAAUUUAGUCACGUAGAAAAUGAUUUACUGAGAUGGGUUUAUGAUCAGUAUUCAUUUCAAAUGAUUCCAGUCUUAGGAACUCUUAUUGCUGGUCAAUACAAACCUUAUCAAUACCUUGUUGAAAGUAUUAGGCGUUUUCCUAAACAAGAAGAAUUCAAAAGUAUGAUUACCCACGCUGGAUUUAAAAAUGUUAGCUAUGAAAAUUUAACAUUUGGAACUGUUGCCAUUCAUGAGGGUCAUAAGUGUUAAAAGUAUUAAUAUGUUUACAAUGAUGUGUAAUGUGUAUUAUAUUUAUAAAGCUGAUGAAUUGUAAAGAAUAUUUGAAUUUGUUUAUAAAACUUUUUUAUUCUACAAAUAUUAUAAAAUAUUAAAAAAUUUUUUAACAUGUUAAAGAGUAAAUUUUGUUAUUGGCUGCACAAAUGAGAUAAUAACAUCAGAAAGCUGUUUUGUUUUUGUAUAUAAUAACUUGUUUAUAAAGCAUAAAAUAGGUUUACAAAUAAAAAUUGUUAGUUACUUUUUACAUAAAAUAAAAUAUUGUUCAUUUUUACAUGAUUUAUAACGUAGCCGCGACUGAAUCUUUGGCCAGCUGUGCAUAAUUGGUUUUAUUGUAAAGUGAUGCAGAAUUUAAUUUUUUUCGUUCAAUUCAUAAGAAUAUCCCCGAUUUUUAUAAAAAAAGUUUUCUAUUUUAGUCACACAUUAAAACAAGAAAACAGGCUUAAAACUAGCAACAAAGUUUUGAUUUCUUUGAAUCGUUGCUUUCUCAUUUUAACAAUUUCUUUCUAUCUUUCAUGGAUACAGAUAUUAGGUUUAAUCUUAUCAAAUCAUUUACAAUUGAAUAAAAAGAAAUUGUUACAUUAUAUUAUUAGUUUUUUUUUAUUCUAGAGUAAAUAUAUUUUUCUAUUCAAGAGAAAAAUGAGAUUCUCAACCUCUAUAUGUAAAAAUUAAAGCACUUAUUUAUAGGACGGAAUUGUUCAGUUUUUUCAAAAACUUUGUGCAUCAUUGUUGAUAAAAAUCUCUUCGUUUUAGUCAUAUAGAGUUCAUAUAUUUGUACUAGGCAUAACGUUUUCAUAGAUUAAAUGUUUGAUAGAUAAAUUGAAUAACUAAUUUCAAUACAAUGUUUGUUUUUCACUCAAGUGAAACUUAACAUUAAUGGAAGAUUCUUAUACCUUUUUUAACGAUUCUAAACAUUUUAAUCGGUGUGCUUUGCUAAAUUUUUAUGCGAUGAUUCUAUGUAAAAAUAAGGGUAGAAAAU